AUGACUUUUCUUGGAACUAUUGCGUGUGCUUCCGUAAUAUGUCACAUUUUCCUUCAUAUCUCUGGAGGACCCGCCUCAGAAGAGUGGCAUGUUGGUGUAUCUGUAGAUAUCAUGUUACGAAGCAUUGUUAUAAUUAUUGUUGGAGUACCUCCACCAGAAAACUUGGUACAAAGAUUGAGAAUGAAAUUGUUUGAAAAGACAUAUAUCGACGUCACACUUCGAGAAAGAGGCGUUGUAAGCACUGGUCACUGGAAGGCCACUGGAAGUAAAUCAAUAAUAUCUCUGAAACUUGAAGUUCCAGUGACACUAUUGAUUUAUUUCCAAUGGCCUUCCAGUAAACUUUCAAGUGACAACACUGCUAAAAGUACUCAAUUAACUGCAAAAUUUUUGAAGAUAUUGUCUCUCUAA